UGGGCAUUUGGAUAGCUCGCUAUGGCAGCGCGUUGUGGAGACGCUGCUAGGGUUUGUAGCGUCGCGGAAUCGGCCGCAUUCUACCAGGUACGCCUCCCGCGAUCGCCUCUCAACGUCCGGUUCUCGAUUGGAUGGGACAGUACUACCCGGUCGAUCGCGAAAUCCACGACCAGGACGAAGCUACUGGUUCCAGCCGCGACAAAGGUCCGCCGGAAGAAGCCAGUGGAUGAAGCACAGGAUCAAGGAUUUUUCCAAUUCGAUGCCAGGAGCCAAGUGGAAGCUCCACUGGGAGCUCCAGCGGUGGAAGAGGACGAAUCACAGGAGCUUGAUCUCACAGCCCAGGCAGAGGCCAUUGCAUCGUCCCUCGAUCGAAAUGGCGUCGUGGAAACUGUGAGAUUUCUCGACGGUGCUUCACUGUCGCCCAUCCUCGUCGGUCCAGUGCUCAAGAGAACAAAGAGGUGUGAGGCCGCGCUAGAGUUUUUCCAGUGGUGCCGAGAGCAGGAUGGCUUCAAGCACAGCCUCUACAACUACAACUCGAUGCUGGCUUCGAUGGUGGUGAGCAAGAGCGUGGCUCUCGAGAAUAUCUACUCGCAGAUGCUAGAAGAUGGUGUUGUUCCAGACCGGGAUAGCUACAAUCUCUUGGUGAGAGGAUUGACCAAGCUGAGCAGCGUGGAUCAAGCUCGGGCGAUGCUGAGCACGAUGGUGGGCGAAGGCUACGAUCCAGACGUGGUGACUUGCGGGCUCUUGGUGGACAAGUUUUGCGAGAUGAAGAGAGUUGGCGAAGUUUGCGAGCUCUUCCAGGAGCUCGAGAGCAAUGGUGUUGCCGUGGGGAUGCUGGCCUACAACGCCAUCCUCAAGGCUCUCAUGUGCUCAGGAGACUUCGAUGGAGGAUUCAAGUUCUCGGACAUAGCCGUCGGCGAUGGCUCCCUCCCUCACGUCCUGGCUUACAAGACGAUGCUCGACUGCCUCAUCAAGACCGGAAAAACUCGCGAGGCCUCCGAGGUUGUGGGAGAGAUGAUAAAGAAGAGCGUCCCCGACGGGAUGACUUACACGGCGCUCAUCAGCGUCCUCUGCAAGCACAACCGGGCCGACGAUGCGAUGAAGGUGUUCGACAUCAUGGUGGAGAAGGAAAUCGUCCCAAACGUGGACGUCUACACUUCGCUCCUGGCCGCGCACUGCCGGACGAGAAAACUGGACGGAGCUUACAGAUUGUUCGUGGAGAUGAUCCAACGAGGCUACGGUCCGAGCGCCAGCACGUAUGGUUUGCUCCUGCGCUGCCUUUGCAACGGCGGAAGAUCCUACCUCGCUUACGACAUCCACUCGUCGAUGCGAUCUCGCGGCCAUGUCCCGGACGAGAACACUUACGCGUCUCUCAUCUAUGGCUGCUGCAUGGCCGGGAGGAUCACCGAGGCCAAAGUUCUGUUCAAGGAAGUUCUAGAGGGCGAGAAAGCCCAGCUCGACGCCGGGAUCUACAACGUCCUCAUCGAGGGUCUUUGCCGGGCUUCCAAGGUGGAGGAAGCGCUCGAAGUCACGGCAGGGAUGGUGGACAAGGGAUGCAUUCCAACGCUCCAGACUUACAACGCGCUCAUCAUGGGCUUCUUCAAGGCCAACGAGGUGGACAAGGCGCUGCAGCUCUUCCGGGCGAUGGAGGAGAAGGGAUUCUCGCCAAACACGAUGAUCUACAGUACUUUCAUCGAUGGGCUGUGCAAGGUGGGCAAGAUCAACGAGGCGCACGAGUUCUUCCAGCAAUCCGUGGAGCGAGGCUGCGUCCCGGACAACGUCACUUACAACGCUUUGAUCCGGGGCUUGUUUGGAGCAAACAGGAUGGACGAGGCUCACAGGCUCUACCGGGAGAUGGGAGAGAGGGGCUACAUUGCCGAUCGAUCGCUAAGAACUCUGGCAUUCCAACGCUCGCGAGAAGAACAAAGCUUUCACAGUUAGACGAAGAUUUAAAUAUACCACGUGGCCGGAGAAUAUUCUCUAGGGUUUAUGUGAAGAGCCCUAAUUUGAUGGA